GAGAGGAGAUUACAACAUAACUGAGCCCCUCACUUUCCAACUGUGAUACUCAGUUUCCCUGGCGACGUGAGGCGGUCGUUCACGUUGUCCUCUGCGGUCCACGGGUCAGUCAGAGUUUUAGUCCCACUGUGUGUACUUUUUUAAUCUGUGUGGAGUCAACUUUGGUCAAGAAACAACUGUACACCAUCUCGCCUAAUUUUAUAAGAAUGCGUCUAACUACAGAGGAGAAAAUAGAACUGGGACUCAAGGAGCAGGGGACAGUGAAUCCUGCAUUUGGGGACAGAGACAGUGAUAAACAGCCACAGCUGACUGUUGAUAUUGGAGAGCCUCACAUAGAGGCCCUGGAGGAGACUGUGGACAAAAGUGCAGAUUUGGUUUACUCCCUCAAUGACAGGCCGCCGUGGUACCUCUGCAUUCUGCUCGGCUUCCAGCAUUACAUCCUCGCGUUUGGGGGCAUCAUCGCAGUCCCGCUGAUCCUGGCCGAGCCCCUCUGCAUAAAGGACAACAACGUUGCCAAAAGCCAGCUCAUCUCCACCAUAUUCUUUGUGUCGGGAUUAUGUACAUUACUACAGACAACUGUCGGUACCAGGUUACCAAUCCUCCAGGGUGGGACAUUCAGUUUCAUCACUCCCACACUGGCCAUUCUCGCUCUCCCCAAGUGGCAGUGUCCAGCCCCAAAGGCAUCUGUGGUGCUGUCCAUGCAGCUGCAGAACAGUACCAGCCCACUGCAAAAUGAAAGUUCUGAUGAGGUCUGGAUGUCACGAAUGCGUGAGAUCCAGGGAGCCAUCCUGGUGUCCUCUCUGCUCCAGAUCGUUCUGGGUUUUUCAGGGUUGGUGGGUCUGGUGCUGAAAUACAUCGGCCCGCUGGCCAUCGCUCCAACCAUCAACCUCAUCGGCCUGUCGCUGUUCAUCGAAGCUGGGAAGAAGUCUGGAGGUCACUGGGGAAUAGCUGCUCUCACGGUGUGUCUGAUCCUGCUGUUCUCUCAGUAUCUCAGCAAAGUCGACGUUCCCAUGAUCGCGUACAAGGAUAAGAAGUGGAAGGUUUUCCAGUAUCCGCUCUUCAAGCUCUUCUCUGCUUUGUUCGGGAUGUGUGGCGCCUGGCUGGUCUGCUUCUUACUGACCGUCUUUGACGUCUUCCCCGCAAAGUCCGACGAGUACGGCUACUCAGCCAGGACCGACAUCAGCCUGGACGCCGUGACCAACUCCCCUUGGUUCCAUGUGCCUUACCCAGGUCAAUGGGGUCUGCCCACAGUCAGCGUGUCUUCCGUGUUGGGUAUGAUGGCGGGCGUCUUGGCGUCCACCAUGGAAUCGAUCGGCGACUACUACGCUUGCGCUCGCUUGUCCAGCGCCCCUCCUCCGCCGACUCACGCCAUAAACCGAGGCAUCGCAGUGGAGGGCAUCGGCUGCAUCCUGGCUGGGCUGUGGGGAACUGGAAACGGCACCACCUCCUACAGCCAGAACAUUGCAGCACUGGGCAUUACCAAGGUUGGCAGCAGACUGGUCCUCCAGACGACCGGCGUUUUGAUGAUCGUCCUGGGGAUCUUUGGGAAAUUUGGGGCGGUUUUUAUCACCAUCCCAGACCCGGUCAUUGGAGGAAUGUUCCUUGUUAUGUUUGGAAUGAUUGCAGCAGUGGGAAUAUCCAACCUCCAGUAUGUGGACCUGAACUCGUCCCGUAACCUGCUCAUCCUCGGCUUCUCCACCUUCAGCGGUCUUGUUUUACCCACCUGGUUUCACUCCAAUCCUGGCAUCAUUGACACAGGAAUAAAAGAGCUGGACCAAGUGAUCGUGGUGCUCUUCACCACACACAUGUUCAUCGGAGGAUUCUUUGGGUUUAUCCUGGACAACACCAUUCCAGGCACCGAAAAAGAGCGGGGCAUCAGGAGCUGGCAAGACCAGGCUCAACAAGGAAGCAAAAACAUGUGUGACGAGUCGUGCUAUGAUAUCCCUUACUUAAACGGUGUUUUUAGACGGUUUAGAUGUUUCCAGUACCUGCCCUUCCUCCCUUCUUAUAAGACUACCCAACAGGGGACAUCCUUGUAACGACGUGUUAGCUUACAUGGUAGUAUUGAUGCUGGCCUAUCAGCCCCAUAAAAAUCAAUCAGUAGACAGUAGUUGAGGUUCUGUUAAAAUAUAUAUACCUAAAUCUAAACCAUAUAUCUUGUUAGGGACUCCCAAGUUCAACACCUCCGUCCUUGUAUGGACUAAAACAUUGACUUAAACACUAUUGAGUUUCUACAACAAAGUUGAGGUAUUAUGUCUCCUUACAGUUGGAAUUCAAAACAGAAACCUUGAUGUCUAGGUUAGUAAAACAUCUGUAGUGCCUGAACAAGCAAAGAGCAGCAUGAUACAUCAAGGAGGAAUCAUCAGUCCUAACGAGAACUUGCAUAGACAUUAAUAAGACAGGCCUUUAGAGUGUCAAGAGAUGGUUUUUUUCACAUCUCUCCGUUGAGCAAAGCUUUUUUUCAGACCCUCAGCAUGCACAAAGACAUUGCAUUACCCAUGUUUCAGUCAUCUUUUUUUUUUAACUACAGCCAAUUGAAUAAAUGAAUAAAUGUAUGCACUGUUCCAAUUCAGACUUAGGUGUAAUUAAUGUGUCAUGAAGCUGGUCAGUAGCCACUGUUCAGGUGUUACCAAUGUGUAGUAACAUUUUCAGUAGGAUCAUUACUACCUCAGCAAGAACAGUAAC